AUGUUGAAUGUGCUAAAUGCCCUGACCCUACCGGGUGACCAAACUCAGCCGGAUUUAGAGGUGCCAGAGGUUGAUGAGCUGUCUAAUUCUAGUGCACCCUCAGAGCAUGAAAAUGAAGGAGCAAAUCACCACUGCGAUCCCGCCCAUACCUGGCUCGAUGUGAUUUUGGUCAAUUCGAAAAAUAGAGUGGCUCGUGUGGCUUCCUUUCCCUCACCCUACAUAAAUGGUCAUGAUUAUAUUUUUAUCGAUUACGCGAUUAGUAUUCCCAGGGAGCUUCCACAACGUAGGAUGCGUGACUUUAGCAAACUCGACUCAAAAGCUUUCACUGCGAGUGUUGCAACAGCCCUUGGCUCUCAAAACUUAGAUACUGGGGACAUCAAUGAGAUCCUUACGGCUUCAACGGGUGCCAUUAGAGCAGCCUUGAAUGUGCAUGCGCCUAUCACAACACGGCUGUUGCGGCGGAAGCCAGCGCCCUGGUUUAAUGCCGAGUUACAGGCCAAAUGCCAUGAGCGGGACCGGGUGUAUACGCUUGCGCGGAGAACGGGCUGUUUGUAUAUGUUGUCGCGUUACAGGGAUCUGAGACCCUCGGAGACUUGGAGUAUUCUUCGUCAGUAUGGAAUGGUUGGUUGCGAUAGGUCUGCGCCCGUUAGUGCUGAUAAGCUUGAUCACGUAGCAAGGCAUUUCUCGCAGAUGUCCAGUGUACACGGGGCUUGUACAGAUGUAGAUCUGGAAAGCAUGAUAACGGAGUUGCCUGCCUGUGCCCAGCGUUUUACUUUGUACCCGUGUACAGAAAGUGAAGUAAGUGAGGCCUUUGUUGCUUGUCUGGAGAGCUCGCAGGGCCGCAGUCUGGAUGGGCUUGCACUUGUCUAUUUUAAAUCUAUGCCUAGCGUUAUUUUACCGUCUUUAACUAAACUUUUUAAUUUGUCCCUCGCGAGUGGUAUCCAGCUGACCGAUUGGAAACAGUCACUUAUUAUUCCUCUGCCCAAGGUGGUGAACCCCCAGGUGCCGGGCGACUUCCGGCCGGUCGCUAACAUCAUUCACUUCGCUAAGGUGUUCGAUAAGGUGAUAGAAAAAAGAAUUGCUGAUUAUUUAGAAAGCAACAGUUCGCUCUCACCCUUACAGUCCGGAUUUAGAAGACAUAGAGGGACGCAGUCGACGCUGCUCAAGCUAAUGGAGGAUGUCCGAGGGGGGAUGGAGGCAGGAAGGGUAACCAUACUUGUUCUUUUCGACUUCCGCAGGGCAUUUGAUUCCAUCAAUCACACGGUACUUUAA